UUAUAGCAUUUCUUAUUAUAUUCUAUAUCGUUGCACGAUGUAAAUGUCCAAAGGGAAGAAGUACUGUAAUAUUUGUAACCGCGUUAAUAAUAUUUGAUUUUUGUCUGGAUGUGGCAUUUUUAAUAAAAAGUGUUGGGGAAGUUCCAUACUUAUAUCUUCCAAGUUUACUCAUAUUAUUAAUAGCAGCGGGAUUUAAUAUGUUGUUUGCAUUUAUAAUAAUGAUACAACAGACACUUAGCAAAAAAAAUGAAGAAUUUAAGGGUUGGUUACAUCGACAUAGUACAAUGGCAGCAACAUUUACCCUAUUAUCGGUACUUCAUGUGGAAAUCCUUAAGAUGCUUUCGUCAAAUUUGUUAUAUUUAGAUUGCUUUAAUGCUCCAUUUAAUAGUUUGGCAAGAAAAUGGUUAUUUGCUGCUGGAUUAUUCAAUGUUUUUAUUAAAGAUAUACCUCAAUUUAUUAUUCUCAUACUGUACUUUAAAGGUGUAGGACCAGAUUUCACUUUUAUAGCUCUCUUAACUCUAAUAAUAAGUUUUAUAAUUCUAUUAUCAAGUGCGAUAAAUAGAAUAUAUGACUUAAUUUCAUUUCCAUCAGAAAAUACAUUUGCAAGAUAUUAUCCAUGAAUAUCGUACCACCGUUUAUAUAAAAAAAUUUAA